AUGUAUUUGAUGCAGAACCGUGACAGCCAGUCGCAAGACAGUCAAUUAAAACAUGACCACCAACUGCAGCAAGAUACUUUGCAGCAGCAGCAACGAUCAUUACUAAACAGCAACCAGCAACAACUCUAUCAGCACUCGCAACAGCAACAACAAUCGCAUCAGCAACUGCAAACGCAACUGCAACCGCAACCACAUUGCAAAUCCUCCCCCUUACGCACCAUGUCAAACAAUCGAACACCGACCGACAAACAAACUUCGCAGGCGAUUAAGUCUAGCGUCGAAUCCCCGUCAGCUCUUUUGACUCAACCGAAGAGAAAAAUUCAAAAAUUGGAUUGCGUACAUCCAGUGAGUUCUGUCGCGAAAACAUUGAGCAGCCUGUCAGUCGUAAAACUUUUCGAUAGAAGUUGUGAGAAAUUGAGCAAAAAGAUUCGAAAAACUAAAGUAAUAAAGUCUCCAAAAUCGCCACCCUACUCUCAAAACCAUUGCUCAGUGAACAGCGCCGAAUAUUUCGACUGUUGCCAGAGCGGUUACAUGAAGCCAGCCAACUUCGUCGGCAGCAAAGUAGCACAUGACAGCUGUCAAAACGACGUCGUCUCAGUCGCAAGCAGCAACAACCACUGCAGCGCUCAAAUGAUCGUCUUAAAACCAACUUUCCAAACAUUCCACAACUCUCAAAACAUAGCCAACGCUCUCGACAUCAAAAGCAGCGUAAACAGUGUCGUUGAUAGCAGUAGUAGUAGCAACAACAACAACAACAACAACGUCACCAACAUCACAUCAACAUCGUCAGAAUACUUUGAAUAUUUGAACAAUCCAGGCUAUGCUAAGUUCUUUGCAAAGGAGAUGUCCCUGAAGAAGGCGGGACCAGCUUCUGAGCGCCUGCGACAAAUGGCCUCCAAGUAUCACAACAGAGCCACCUCGGACGAGGGUUACUACUCGGCUGAUUACUUCGAUUCAAACAACUUCGAAAUUACUUCUUACUCGUCGGGCUGCGAGAAGGGUAAAGAAAACAAAUUGAAAUAUCAAUUAGAAAGUCAGUGUACAGUAGAAGAAGACCACAAAAUGGAACGGGAUGGAGACUGCCUCGGUAGAAACAUCAAUCCCAAUUUUGAGACGUCUUCUCAUAUUUACGAGCCCUUCAACAAUAAGCCGACAUCAUCAUCAUCGUCAUCGUCUUCAUCCACGACAACAUCGACACUACUUCCAUCUUUAACUGCAUCAUCAUCGUCAUCAUCAUCUUUCUCGUCCAGUGCCGCACCAACAUCAUCAACAGUGACGACGACAACAACAACAACAACAACAUUCCAACAAAGCAGCAAAGACACGUUGAACAAACCUGUGAUUAUAACAUCUCCACUUUCAAAUUACCACAACUACAAAUCAUACAACCCCUGUUAUGACAGCAUAAAAACGCCAUUCGACCACCCAUAUUACUACAACGCAUACGCAUACGUUCCAGCCGACACGCAAAAUUACUACUAUCAAUACUACCAGAACUAUUAUCAACAUUAUUCUAAUAACGUAGUACAAAAACCUCAAGAUGAAUGGGUGAGCAUGGAGACACCUUAUGUGGAGUAUGGGGACUGCACCACUUCGGCACAUUUCACUUCAUCCUUCUCUACUCUCCAGGACUCAUUCAACUCAAACUUGCGUCAUGAUCUGGAGCCAUCCCAGCAUAAAGACUCGAGUCUGAUGACAGUUUCUAGCAAUAAUUAUUCUACAGACUGUGGCUACGUAGACCAGCAAGUUGUCUACAACAUGCAACAACAACAACAACAACAACCAUUCAACGCACAUCACUGGUUUGAUGCGGAAAAUUAUCAGUAUUUCGAUGCUCCCCUCACAUCCAAUGGAAGCAGAAGUAAACAACAACUUUGCACUGGCGUAGACUCCGAUAAUGUUAGCAAUAAUUUAAGCAGUAGCGGUUUAAAUGGUGAAAUAAUUACUGAUUACUCUGGCGAACAUGGCAAAGUUGUUAACAAAGACAACAGCCACAAGGUAAAUGUUAGAAACAAUGGUAUGGUUCCGAUAAAUAACCAAAUACAAUCAAUAAAAAGUGAGCUGAUUGAAACGACCGAUUGUAUGAACAGUGUUUCGUCCCAUUCACUUGCCCAUAAAACUUCGAACAUGAUGCAGUCAGCCUCCAUUCAUAGCAGCGCCAACGCCUUUCGCGUGGAGGGCUGGAAAUGCGGCCCUGAGUUCCCAGUGAAUAGGGACCAUUAUCUCAAACACAGUCAACAGCACGAACUCGAUGCAGUUGAAAUUCUACAACAGCCACAACAACAUCACAAACUCUUCCAAUCAACGUACAGCAGCAUCGACACUUUAUUAUCAACAGGCUCGACGAUGACAUACCAGACAUCGCCGUCAUCAUUAACAUCGCUAACAAGCACACUAACCACACUAACAACAACUUCAACAUCAACAAAAGUACCAACUUCGACAACAACAUCAAACCCUCCCGUUAAACUUCCACCGCCAUAUCUGUCGCCCAAGUCGAAGCAGCGCGUUUGUGCCGUCGUCAAUCCGUCCAUCGUCAACAAAUUGUACGUCGAAACAGCCACUGCCACAUUCGGCAGCUGCAGCAGCUUCCACAGCGUGAAGAACAGCAACGAGGGCGGCCACAAGAUGGCCAGCAACAACGACGAAUCAAACGCGAAGAAAAUCAAUUACAGCGUUACCGAUGUAAAAAAUAUGACGCACGUAAGAAACAAAGACUAUAACUUUAUGGAAAGCCAAACUUUAAUAAGCAACGCCACUGUUGACAACAGUAAUAACACAACUAGCAACAAAAAUACGGAUUAUUUUUACAAAACCUCCCCAAUGUUAUAUAAAAAAGAUUUAAAGACGGAUGUUUCGACGUUUCAUAAUGAAAAACGUUACUGUCAGGCGUCCAGAGAUGAAAUUCAUGACAUAAAACUGGUUGAGUGA